AGAGAGAGAGGGGGUGGGAAGGGGUUUUGCUGCAGCCUUCUGAAUCCACACCUUCUCUCUUUAUCUUCCUUUCUCUCUCCUCAUCCAUCUAAUCUCUCCUUCUCUCCCCAUCCCUUUACUAUGAGGAUCCGGAAGAGACCCUCUCUCACCUCCCUUCCUGUCUACCCAGAUCCAACCCUCCGAGUCCACCCACCGAAUGGGAGACAUGCAUAUGGAUCCAGGGAUGACACCGGGGAAGGAUCUUUGGGAGUACUGGAAGGGUUGCACCCGAUUGGGGAUCUGCCGGUGGAUUCCCAUGAGCCGGGGUGGGAUCCCUAUAGAAGCCCUGAUCAGGCUCCUGCCUCUUCGGAUUCAUCUUUGGAUUCGAGGAUCAGCGGCAGCAGAGCGGCUUCUCGUCUCCUGACCACUCUUGAGCGUGCGCAGGUGCCUGCUUACCUCGACCUUCGCUUGCUUCUGUAUGUCUCUGCUUGUUGGGUGCAAUGUGGUGAUUUAUUGCAGGUGCUGAAGGAGGUGGAGGAAGAGGAGCCGACGGUGGAAUCCAACAAAGGAUGGAAUGGCCAGGCCAAUAGCAGAAAGAGAUCUCCUUGCCUCCCCAGGAUCGGUGGCAGCUCGGGUGCGGUAGCAUCGGGAGCAGCGUUGCUGGGGGAAAUGAUAUCGACACAGAAGAAAACGAGAGGAGGGCGAGAUGAUGGACAUGGGGAUGGAAGACCAGAAGAGAAGAUAACGGAGCAAGGGAGAAAGGCCAAGGCGAGGGCGAGAGCAAAGACUGGUCCUGCUCCAGCGAACAAUAAUUGCACCAGUCCUAACGAUGGCGAUAAAGAGCGACGCGAUGGUGGGGUAGCAGUUGCGAGAGCGGGGAAUGGCUCAAGUAUCAAGGGGAAGAGACGGAGGAGCCCGGCGGUGCUGGUGGAGGGUUCGCGAUGCAGCCGCGUCAACGGAAGAGGGUGGCGGUGCUGCCAGCAGACCCUCGUCGGCUACUCUCUCUGCGAGCACCAUCUUGGGAAGGGAAGGCUCAGGAGCGUGAGCAGCGUCAGAGGCCAACUGGGCACGAGUCAGCCCAAAUGGAGCGUUGAUGGAAAGAACGGUGUUUUAUCAUCGACCUCGCCACGAGAGGAUGAGGAGGAAGAGGAGGAGAGGAAGACGACAGGCAUGGUGAAGGCUCGAUCGAUCAGCAGUCUGCUCGACGACACCAACCAUUCGCUGCCGUCGUCGUUGCCAUCACCGCCGCCGCCGGAAGUUGAACCGAUGCCAUCACCAUCCCCACCCCACGUCAACGAGGCCGGCGGUGAGAGUCAAAGCAAUGGACAAUGCAGAAGAAAGAAGGAGAACAGGACCAGUGUGUGUAGUUAGUAGAUCUUGGGAAUGAUGAUGUGAUGGGUGUUCCACGCAUGCAGCUCCGAUUGCACUCACAUCUCGUCUCCCCUGUGGUAACUAUUAUUCUCCAUGGCAAUGCUAAUGACUGCUACCGGUUAAUUUCUAUGGUUGUGA